AUUGACAUAACACCGGGCGAAGAGGAAGUCCAUCACUAGGCGUAACUAGCGGGACUAACCAGGAUUUCGUUGUUUAAUAUUAACUGAAACCCUGGCCAUGGCAGCCGCCAGAGCCGUUGUUAAAGUUAAUGACAGCCGCGUAGUUCAUAUGAGGUGACAGCAGGGUGGUGCACGCCAUUGUCUCCGUGCGCUUGACCUGCUAGCUUCCUCAGACAGUCGGUCGAGAUAAAUAUCUUUUUUGCACAGCCAGAAAAUCAAGAAUUAUGUGCUCGGUAAUGAGCAGAGUGAAACCGGUUAGCCGGGCUCUGGCUCUCACGCUACGUAUAGGGGGAACCGCCGAGGGCUGGAGUCACUCAGCUGCCCGGAGCAGGCGCUCGUACCCCGGUGUGGGAAGCUGGGUCGAGCCGCUGACAGUCACCGGCAGGCGGUACAGCUCCAGGAUGGCUUCUUCUCAAGGACUGCUCUUCAGACAACUGUUUGAGUCAGAGAGCAGCACCUACACCUACCUGCUGGCUGACUCGGAGACCAGGGAGGCUGUCCUUAUAGACCCUGUCCUGGAGACCAUCGACAGAGACCUGAAGCUCAUCGACGAACUGGGACUCAACCUAACUGUAGCAGUGAACACUCACUGCCACGCGGACCACAUAACCAGCACCGGUCUGAUGAAGAAAAGACUGGCCGGACUGAAAAGCGCCAUUUCCAAAUUCAGCGGCGCUUCAGCAGAUAUUCACUUCACCGAAGGAGAUAAGAUCACCUUCGGAAAACACUAUCUGACUGUGAGAAACACUCCGGGACACACAGACGGCUGUGUGACGCUGGUGUCCGGGGACCAGAGCAUGGCUUUCACUGGCGACGCUCUGCUCAUCCGAGGCUGCGGCCGCACUGACUUCCAGCAAGGGUGUCCUAAAACGCUUUAUGAGUCAGUCCAUCAGAAGAUCUUCACGCUGCCUGACCACUGCCUCAUUUACCCAGCGCACGACUACACAGGACGGACGGUUUCUACCGUCGGUGAGGAGCGCAAGUUCAACCCACGCCUGACAAAGAGCCUGGAGGAGUUUGUGAAAAUCAUGGACAACCUCAACCUCCCCAAGCCAGCAAAAAUCGACAUCUCAGUGCCUGCUAAUCUGGUUUGUGGAGUACACGAAGUUUGAAAGCAACAGAGAACAUUUUAAGUCAGACCACUGCAUCAUUUAACUUGAAUUUCUAGCAGAAUUAACCAAAAGUGGUAACCAUUUAUGUGCUUUAAUUAUUGUGUUUCUGUCUGAAAAUGUAAAGCUAUGUAUUUAAUAAUUAGCUGGUUGGACUGCAGCUACUGACAUUGUGAUUGCACUUGAAAUGAAAAUGCAUUGAUGUAUAUUUUAGCUUUGCAAUACGAGCACUUAUAGGCCUGUACAUGAGGGAAAGAAGACUUAAUAGUAUAUUUUUGUACUUAGCAUAAAGUUAAAUAUGACAGAUAUUUUCUAAGUUGUGUUUUUAUGAAUUGCAGAAUUUGGCUAAUUUUAAUGAAAAAGAAAAGUUGGAUGAAAAAAUGUUCUAUUCAAGCUUCGGUUUAGUAUUCAUGGAUGCUUAACUGGCACAACUGAGUUCCUCCACAGUGAGUCCAGCUUCCUUCAGCCAAGGACACACACACACACACACACACACACACACACACACACACACACACACACACACACACUAAAGCUACACUAUUUGCAUACAAAAUCAAUAAGUACUCUUUUCUGUAGCACCCCUUUUCAUGGCCACCAGUUCCUAUUUUCAACUGUUCUUUUCUUUAGAAAUCCAAGAGAAAAGUGUCUGCUGAGGUGUGUCUCAUCUAAGAUAUGUCAAAAGGAGGAUCUUGUCACGAAGCAGGUCUGCUUCAAGAUUAGCCAACGUCUAAUGCAUUCUGCUCUCCUGGUGUGAAGCAGCUUCUCAGCCUGUAAGACGGGUUUGUUUGGAUGUGGAGGCCUUGCAGGAACUUGCACAAGUGAAACAAAUCAUGUGGCUUUAAUGAAUACAAGCAAAAAUGUCUCCAGAAAGCUGUAAAAGUGAAUCCAAAAGGUUCAGUCCCUAAUAAAGGGAUGAACUUCAGCAGUUUGUCUCUGUGUUCUGUAUUUUAUUUGAUCAGUGAUGCUAAAGUUGCCUUUUAAAGAUAUAUUUUAAAAUAUUUGAGAUGUUUUAAGUAAUGCAAAUUAAAAGAAAACAGCCUUAAUGUGGA